AUGGCGCAGACGGUGAGGCGCGCGAUUGAGGGGAGGUAUCCUUCAUGCUAUGAUCCGAAUAGAAUUAAAGAACGAAGAGCAAAAGCCAGGGCUCUAAGACUAGAACAACAAAGGAAGCCUGACAAAGUAGAAGAUUUUGUCUGCUACUCAGACAGUGACAGUGAGGAGGAGACCCCAGCUCAACAGCACCGCAUUCUCUCCACGUCGUAUAAUUUUGUAGACUAUGUACGGUCAAGAGAAAUACUUGCACCAGAGGCGCGCACGGUGGACCCGUCGUAUGCGACGCGACAUAUGCUCACCCACGACAUGUUCCGCGAGACGCCCGUGGCGCUCGGCAACAUGAACAAGGUGUUCUGCUCGCAGUGGCUCUCCGACAGGCAGGUCGUCUUCGGCACCAAGUGCAAUAAGCUGAUGGUGUACGACGUGCGCACGCGCGCGCUGGACGCCAUCCCCACGCUGCGGCCGCGCGCGCCGUGGGCCGGCGCCGACCACCAGACCGGCAUCCACGCGCUGCAGAUCAACCCCUCCAGAACGUUGCUGGCGACAGGAGCGCGCAACUCGUGCGAACUGGCGAUCUAUAGCCUGCCCACCUUGGACCCCGUCGCCGUCGGCGAAGCGCACAAAGACUGGAUCCUGGACAUGUGCUGGCUGGACGACGAGUUCGUGGUGACGGGGUCCCGCGACAGCAAGCUGGCGCUGUGGCGCGCGCCGCUGGAGCCGCCCGAGCUGGCGCCGCACCACGACUACGUGGCGCCCGUCUGCCUCAAGGAGUGCCGCUCGGGUCAGAAAGUGCGUGCGCUGACGUUCAAUCCGCGCUGGCGCGAGAUUGCGGCUUUAACCCUGAACGGCUACAUCCACGUCUUCAGCGCGGAGACCUUCCGACAGACUCUCUCGCGCAAGCUGCCCUCCUGCCAGGACCUCGUCUGCCUCGCCACGCAGGAAAGCGGCGUGUACGCCAUCGGCUGCAAAUCGUACACGCUGCUGCUAGACUGCCGCACACUGCAGUCGAUCAAGAAGAUCACGUCGCGCUACAACGGCUGCGGCAUCCGUUCCGCCAGCUUCCGCGGGAACAUGCUCACCAUCGGCACUGGGCUCGGAUUGCUAAUGUUCUACGACUUGAGAGCGGGCAAAUACUUAGAGAGCAAUAUUCAUUCAUCAAAAACGGUUACGUUGAGGGCUUCCAGAGGCUACGUGUUCCCCGACGAGGAGGCGGACGGCUUCAACCAGGUGAAAUACGUGCCGGCCAUCUACACGCACUGCUACGACGACAGCGGCACGCGCGUGUUCACGGCCGGCGGCCCGCUGCCCGCGCCUCUCAUCGGCAACUACGCCGGCCUCUGGCAGUGACGGCGGUACUCCUGGUUCCUUUCAUCCGGUCGACGAUGUUGUACACCGGCCUCGGCAGUACGAGCCGUUUUAUGGGUUUAGUUAAAACCCGAAAAUUCACUGCAACAUAUACUCGGACUGACCAAUAGGGUAAUUCUAAAACGCAGUCAUCAAAUUUGCCAUUUUUAUGCCAGUGCUGCCGGUGUGCGAUAUGUAACUUGACAAUGAAAAUAAUGAGUUAUUGUACGUCUGAGCCUCAGUGUUGCCAUUUUAUACCGUCCUGAAAAUCAAGUUUAUUUGAUAAAACGAUGUUUUACCACCAUGUUAUUAAAUUAUUUUCUGGUAUAUACAAAUAUCGUUUACAGUGUCGACUGCCUGAUGAAUAUAAGAUCUAUAACAGACGCAGAAGAAAUUUGUCAACUCGAUAACUCGACCUGUAGCUUAGUUGGUAAAGCAAUGGAGACGGAAUCCCGUGGUCGCAGGUUUGAGUCCUGUCGGGUCGAACGAUUUUUUCUUUGCGUCCGAUCUUUGUAUUUAACAAUUAUAACAAUCAAGUUUUAAUCAAAUAACUGAGGUGUUUGAACAAUGGUAAAAUUAAUAAAUUGCCCUUAAUAAAUAUACCGUUGCCGACGGUGUUCUUCGUUAUUAUUUUUUAUUUUAUUAUUUUAUCUGCAUCGUAGUAAAAAUUGAUAAUUAAAUGGUAACCCUGAUGCUGAAACCCAUAACCAUUGUUUCAUUGUCGGUCAGUUUAUACGGCUUAGUAUAUAAUAUUAUGUUAGGAAAAAAAAAGCGAAAAUGUGCGUUAAAAAUACAUUUGUAAACAUCGAGUAUGUAACCAGAAAUGGAAACGAAAUUUCAUUUAAUUUG